UGGUCAUGUUGAAAAGUACAGAAAUAAAACAUGUGCUCGCUCUUAUAAUUAAAAAUUAUUAUUUAUUUCUGUAUUUGUCGUUAGUUUAGUAUUGUUUCGGGAUCAAUUACUUUAAGCAGGCAUUUUUUAAGACCUUAAGGAAGUACAGAACUUGUGACAUGUUUCAACUGUACGAGUUAACUCGAGAGGUACGAAUCGAGCCUCAUAAUUUGGGCCAUGACCGGGUUGAAGCCAUAACGGACGAAUUAAACAACAAACUAGCCAACAGGGUAGUUCUCGGUGUGGGAUUAUGCAUGUCAUUGUGGGAUAUCAAAGAAAUUAGAAAUGGUGUCAUUUAUCCUAGCGAUGGUGGUGUCCAUUCUGUCGUCAAGUUUAGAUACAUCGUCUUUCGACCAUUUCAAGAUGAGAUACUAGUCGGCAAAAUUAAAAGGUGUACACCGGACGGAGUCCAUGUAACACUCGGAUUCUUUGAUGAUAUUUUCAUUCCUCAAGAAGGACUUCAACACCCUUCGAAAUUCGAUGAGCGAGAACAACUCUGGAUUUGGGAAUAUAAAGCAGAGGAAGACGAUGAAGUCCAUGAGAUGUACAUGGAUAAAGGAGAGAACAUUCGAUUUCGAGUUACUGGCGAAGUAUUUUGUGACACCACCCCAAUUCCUUCCGGGUCGGGGGAUGGGAGCUCAGUCGGUGGACAAGGUCAGAUUGGGAGUGGACCUUCGACUAGUACUGCAGGUGGUGGGGGACCAGAGCAGAGUGGAAUGGAGGAUGACAGCAGUACCAGCAAAAUACCUUACUCUUUAACUGCAUCCAUAAAUGAACCCGGGCUGGGCUUGCUAUCCUGGUGGAGCUAACUAUAAUUAACCAUUAUUAUCAUUAUUAUUUAUUUAAUGACUGGACGUAUGCAUGUACAUAUGUAAAGUAAAAUAAUCUCGCUAUUUGUUAAUAUAAUUGUUUUAAAGAUAAUGUAUAAUAUUAUUUUGACCAAGUACAUGACUAGAGGUAAUAAAUUUUUUAAACUCAA